GAAGAUCUUGCCAAUGGUUCCAUGAACCCAAAAUAUCGGACAGUGCGAUAUUGGUACGACAAAUGGCGUAGUGUUAAUUUAGGAUCUCGUUUUGGCGAAGGAAUUCUAGAGGAUUGCCACACAAAAUUUGACACCAGUGAAGCAUCUAUCCAAAAAUUUUUGGGUCGACUCCAAAAAGUCACCACCAGAAAUGCAUGGGACAGUUUUUUAUGCACGGCAGGAUCCAGUAUUCCUUUAAGGCGUUGUCGUACAGCAAUUCGUGUGCAACCUACAACCAUUGCCAGAAGAAGACCUGGUAUUACAAGAGGCAGUAAGAGGAUGCCCAGUGGAAGACCAGCCCAAAAUGAAAACAGAACACGAGUUAUGAAAAGGAAACGAAAUUUACAGCUGAAUGUGGAAAGUAACCAAGCGAAUGCAAAAUCACAUGGCAGUGGACUCUAGAAACUGAUGAAAUGUCCCACGACGAUUAAAACAGAAUAUCUCGGA